AUGCCUCGACAAGCAGGCCAACAUGUCAAACCUACGGGAAACUUGGCCACACCACUGAUAUAUGCUUCUUCCUUUACAACAAAGAAUUCAACAAUCCCCGACAAAUUCAACAAUUCCCGAAAAACACACACUAGAGCUGAGUCCACCCAACUUCCACCCACUAGAAAUCAAGAACAGAACAACUCAACAUUGCUUAGCCACUAUGGUAUUGCCUCCCUUGAAACUGUUGCUGAUACCAAUUUGUACAUUGGCAGUGGAGCUUCGACUCAUGUAACAAGCAAUCCCACCUUCCUCCAUUCACCCACCACCUACACAUGUACUGAUAAAGUCAUUGUCGACAAUGGUACUCCACUCAAUAUAUCCCAAUAUGGAUCAUCAACCCUACUCACUAACUCUGGUGUUCUUUCUCUCUUUAAUAUACUCUAUGUUCCUGAAAUAGUUAAAAUUUUGGUCAGUGUUUCUAAGCUAGCUAAAGACAAUAACAUCCUUGUUGAAUUUCAUGUUGAUUUUUGUGUGGUUAAGGACAAGGAAUCGGGGGUGGCACUUCUGAAAGGCAAGCUUAAGGAUGGGCUUUAUCAGUUGGACAUCGUCAGCUCGUUGAUAAAUAAUGCGCUCACUAGAUCAAGGUUACCGGGUGCUAGCUUGACCACUCAGUCCUCCCUUUCAUCUUCUCUGCCUGUCUUUACAACCAACAUAACCAUUUCCAAACUGCUUUUACACCGGCGGCUUGGACAUCCAUCCUCUAAAAUUUUGGUAAAACUGAUUAGUGGAUGUAUUUAG